GGUUAGUUUAUUAUGGGCGGAGAGAAAAUAAUAAAACACAAAUGCACUUUAUUUAUUAGUUGUUGUGGGAGUGGCUUUGAAGAGGCGGAACACUUUUAUCCCAGAGGAGCUUCAGUGACCAUGUGAAGACUUUGCCUGCAGUUUCAUAUUGGAGCAAAGCCACAAAGGCACAGCAAUACAUCAGCAAGACAUCAACUGAACUGCACUUCAAGCCUCUUCCAUAGAGGCUGAUCUGAGAUCUGUUUGCUUGGAUUUCUCUGCAAGACCAUGACCCGUCUGUAUUGGAUGCGUCUGCUGGCUCUGGUGUUCAGUUGCGUGACAUUUGGCCUGGUAGCACAUGCAGGAGGAUUGGGUGGAGGAGUCGGGGCAUGGUGUAUGUUUUGCUGGACCUUCAGCUUCAUUGGCACUCUUUUGAUCUUUCUGGUGGAGAUAUUUGAUUUGACAGAGAAUGUCAAGGAUUUCUGGGUCAACUUCUCAGUCACCUUCUCUAGCUAUGCAGCUCUGCUGUGUCUCUUUGCCUCCAUUACCUUUUCCCACAGCUUUCUGAAGGACCACCAUAACUACGACGUGCUCAACCACCUUAUAGCAGCGGCGUUUUUCUCGUGGAUGACCACUUUGGCGUACCUGCUUGAGGUCUGGAUGGCACGGUCGGAGUCAAAGUGCUACAUGGCCUCUACACUAGGCCAUCUACUGGUGUGUCAGACCUUUGUGGCAGGGGUCAACUUCUACUUCAUCAGCAAUCCAGUGUCGUACACAGACAUGGCCGGCGUUAGGUGGUGUAUGGCGGUUUAUUGUAUUUGCUUCAUCUGCUCAUUUGGCAUCAUCAUCAAUAUCAUGCUAUGUGGCCUAGAACAACUGAGAUGGCAAAAAUACUUCUACCUAUCUGCUACCGUCAUGUACUUCAGCGCCCUCAUCACUUGGCCUGUGUUCAAGUUUAACAACCUCUAUCCGAGUCCGAUCUACCCGCCAGAGUCCUGCCAGAAGGGUCUAGGGUUGUGUCCUCGUGGCAUGUUGGUAAUGGUGACUGUGCUGACUGCCCUCAACUUCCUGCUUUACUCAAUAAGCUUGUAUUGCUCCUACUGUUUAGACUCGCUGACAGAAGAACAGGAGUAUACUGAAGUCCAAGAAACGUCUUUAGUGCAAGACCUGUAUCCAGCACAGCAACACUCCUCAAAUCCCAGGAUGCAUCUUCUGGGAUACCCAGCAGGACACCUACGCAGUUACCAGAGCAUGAACCAACCCAACCUUCUGGUGUGUGGUACAAAUGUAAUAGUGUGUCAUACUGGCUAUGUCAGUCAGACCCAUGGAACAGAGAAUAGACUGAGAAUAGAAUAGAAUGCAAAUACAGGUACAACUAUAAACAAGAUGG